AUGGCACUGAGUAAUGAAAGCCACCCUGAAGAGUUCAUUCUACUUGGCUUUGCUGACCGACCUUGGCUCCAGCUCCCUCUCUUCACUGUUCUUCUCAUCACAUACCCCAUGGCCUUGGUGGGAAACAUCGCCAUCAUCCUGGUGUCCAGGCUAGACCCCCGGCUCCACAGCCCCAUGUAUUUCUUCCUCACCAACCUCUCCUUCUUGGACAUGUGUUACACCACCAGCAUUGUCCCUCAGAUGCUGUUCAACCUGGGAACCUCUAAGAAGACAAUCAGCUAUGUGGGCUGUGCGAUUCAACUUUACAUCUUCAGCAUAAUGGGGAGCACCGAGAGUCUGCUCUUGGCUCUUAUGUCCUUUGAUCGCUAUGUGGCCAUCUGUAGACCUCUGCACUACACCCUCAUCAUGAAUCAGGGCAUCUGCAUCCUGUUAGCAUCCAUUGUGUGGCUCAUUGGAAUCACCUAUGCAGUCUCAGAGGCCACCCUCACACUACAGCUGCCCCUGUGUGGUGUCAAUACAUUGGAUCACUUACUCUGUGAAGUCCCAUUUCUGAUCAAGAUAGCCUGUGGUGACAAGAGGGCUAAUGAGCUGAUACUCACUGUGGCGUGCUUUUUUAUGGCAGCUAUUUCUUUAGGCUUCAUCAUUGUUUCCUAUGCUCUCAUUGGACGUGCUAUAUUUAAGAUUAAGUCUGAAGGACGAAAAAAAGCCUUUGGAACAUGUUCCUCUCAUCUCAUUGUAGUUGUCUUAUCUUUUGGUCCCGGCAUUAGCAUGUACCUUCAGCCCCCUUCUUCCAUCUCAAAGGACCAGCCCAAGUUCAUGGCUCUCUUCUAUGGAGUGGUGACACCAACACUCAAUCCCUUCAUCUACACCCUGAGGAACAAGGAUGUAAAAGAAGCAUUAGGAAACCUAAUGAGAAGUAUUUUCAGUUCCAAGUCAUGCAUCUUAAACAUCAAAUGA